AUGAGCCUGCUCAAAGCAGAAUCAAGAUGGGCGUACAGUAGUUUUGGUGUUUGUGCGAAUAAUAAGAACACUAACGAAAAUGAGGAUAUUGAAGAAUAUUAUCAUCAAAAAUUUAUGAUGCGGCUUAAUCGUGAGAAAAACGUCACUUAUGAGACGAAAGUAUCAAAGCCAACAAGAGUAAAAAAGAAACAAAGCCCUCAACAUCAUCAACGGUCUUACAGUUCAAGAGGCGAAAGUAAAAACGGGUUGAGGAUUGAUGCAUAUGAAAAACUACCAAUAGACCGACCACUUACCGCACCCAUGAUACGAAGGAACAGUCUUCGACCAAAGAAUUUCCUCGUUCGAGUCUUCCCAAAUGGUGAUUACAGUCGAUUUGCCUAUUGUGCUUCAUGUAGUAUGAAUCUAAUAUUGACAGAGGCUACACGCAAGCUACAGCUGAUUAAGCCAGCACGACGUCUAUUCGGUCCAACGGGACACGAAAUUUUGCGAAGCGAAGAUAUUAAACGUGACUUGGACUACUUUGUAUCAUGGGGAGAGAAUUAUAUGCGUCCAUCGAAAGCAAUUAAACAUCAUCUUAUGUGUCGGAAAUCUACAGUAUGGACAAUGGAUGGUGUCGAAAUUAGAUAUCGAAGGCGUCUUAGCACUCAGUCAUCGAUCAGUGAUGACAAUAGCACAUCUAGUGGUCGAACCAGCUCGUCCUCUACCAUUUUCAGAAGGCCUGAACCUUUUAAGCGACCAAUAACGCCCAAGCGAAAAUUGAAACCUAUCAGUACUCAAACGGAUCCAAUGCAACUAUCACCAGUAAUACAGCCACCUGUGAAGCUGCAGAGUGUAAAUACACAAACUGAUCUACCAGCAUUAAUAGCACCAGCUGCAAAGCUGAAAAGUGUAGAUACACAAACUAGUCUGUCACCAGUUGCGAAACCGAAUAUUGUAGAUACACAAACUGGCAAGGUGUCGCCAACUAGUAUGAAGGCUACUGACACACAAACAGAUAUUGUGUUAACACCAAUUCUUAAGAAUACAGAUUCACAAACUGAUAAAAUCUCAAAAAUAGAUAUGGAACCUGUAGAUACACAAACGGAUGAGAUACCAAAAUUAGAACUUGAAACGGCCGAUACACAAACUGACGGGAUGUCACCAAUAGAAAUGAAGAUUGCUGACACACAAACUGACGGGAUGUCACCAAUAGAAAUGAAGAUUGCUGACACACAAACUGGCGAGAUGCCACUAAUAGAAAUGAAGACUGCUGACACACAAACUGACGGGGUACCACCAAUACAAGUGAAAACUCCUGACACACAAACUGACGGGGUACCACCAAUACAAGCGAAAAAUCCUGACACACAAACUGACGGGAUGCCACCAAUAGAAAUGAAGACUGCUGACACACAAACUGACGGGAUACCACCAAUACAAACGAAAAAUCCUGACACACAGACUGAUGGGAUACCACCAAUAGAAAUGAAGACUGCUGGCACACAAACAUCAGAAAUUAAGGCCGGAGGUAAAGGAUCCAGUAAAGUAGAUAUCAUAACGCCAUAUCCAAUCAAAAAGAGACGGGAUCGUACACCAACAAAUGAAGCUACCGGUUUGCUAACACCUAUUGAUAAAGACCGAGAAACAAGACGGAAGCGAUAUUAUGAUGAAAUUCAAACUGGUCAAGUUAUUCUGCCACCAGAUGUGGGACAGCCUACUCCAAUCUAUUUCCGUCCAACUCCAACGACCAACUUUCGUGUUAGAGUAUAUCGCAAUGGUGAUCGCAGUCGAUAUGCUUAUUGCAAAUCGUGUUCGAUGGAUAUUCUAUUUGCAGCUGCAACAGACAAAUUACAGAUGCCAACGCGUGCUCGGCGUUUGUUUGAUGUGAAUGGAAUCGAAAUUUAUCAUAGUAAUCAAAUACGACGUGGUCAAGAUUAUUUUGUGUCAUCCGGAGCCAACUAUGCAACACCCUCAAAUUAA